CGGCGGCCGCUGGCAGACCGCUUUUCGGCCGCGCCCGGCGAGAGGCGCGAGAGCGGCGUGAGGCGGGCGCGCGGCCGGGCAGCGGGUCCAGGCCGCGGCCGGCGCCGGGCCCCCGGGGCCUCGCGGGCUCAGCAUGCCCGGGGUGAAGCUGACCACGCAGGCCUACUGCAAGAUGGUGCUGCACGGAGCCAAGUACCCGCACUGCGCCGUCAACGGGCUGCUGGUGGCCGAGAAGCAGAAGGCGCGCAGGGAGCACCCGCCGCCGGGCGGCCCGGGCGCGCCCCACACGCUCCUGGUGGACUGCGUCCCGCUCUUCCACGGCGCGCUGGCCCUCGCGCCCAUGCUGGAGGUGGCCCUCACGCUGAUUGAUUCAUGGUGCAAAGAUAAUAGCUAUGUGAUUGCGGGUUAUUAUCAAGCUAAUGAACGAGUAAAGGAUGCCAGUCCAAACCAGGUCGCAGAGAAGGUGGCGUCCAGGAUCGCCGAGGGCUUCAGCGACACGGCGCUCAUCAUGGUGGACAACACGAAGUUCACGAUGGACUGUGUGGUGCCCACGAUCCACGUGUACGAGCACCACGAGAACAGGUGGCGCUGCAGAGACCCGCACUAUGAUUACUGUGAAGACUGGCCGGAGGCCCAGAGGAUCUCGGCGUCGCUCCUGGACAGCCGGUCCUACGAAACGCUCGUGGAUUUUGACAACCACCUGGAUGACAUUCGGAAUGACUGGACAAACCCAGAGAUCAAUAAAGCGGUUCUGCACCUGUGUUAGGGAGGCGUUUCUAUGACUGGUCUCUGGGCAUUCCCACUACACUGAAGAAGAAAAGCUAUUUUUAAAUGUAAAUAAAAUAUCUCAUAGCCUGUGUGGAAAGCUGACAGUUUUCAGAAGUGGCUUGUGCCUUGAAGAGGGCAGAAUGUCCCGUCAGUCAUCUUUCUCACGCAGAGUCUCUAGAGCAGGUACAGACUGUCCCAUGUGGCCAUCCCUGUGGAGUCCUUCCUGGUUGUACGUUGCUAUAAUUCUUCAAAGCUAUUUCUGCUUGUCCAAGAUUGUUCCUAUUAAACAGUUUUAACUAACCUUUU